UUUACAGAGUUGAGAAAGGAAUAAAAGUUCGCACAGUUGUCUACUGCAUAGUCCAUGCUUUUCACCCACGUGAAUGUUUGGUAUCCCAUGUGUCAAACGUUCCUGAAUGUACCUUGCUUACGUGGGCAACUUGUGUGAUUGUGGGCUAUGAGCUCGAGGAUAAACCACCUUGCACGGAGUAUACGCGCAGGUUAUCGCGUCUCAUUGCGGUAAUCGCAACCUGACGCUGCGAGCAUACGGAACACGCCAGGCGGUUACAUCUGUUUCCCUGUUCUGCACUGUACAUUUUAAAUUCGCAACAAUGACCGUCAAGUUAAAACUGAAAGAUGUGAAAGAUAAAUUAAAAGAUGACUGUUUGGAUCUCAGUUUAUGCGACCUGGAAGAAGUGCCUGUGCGAGAGAUCGCAUCCCUUAGAAAAGCUACCAAUGUAAAUCUAUCGACUAAUCUCUUGGUUUCAUUACCGGCCAAUUUUGUAACCUUGAAACAAAUUGUAAAAUUGGAUCUUAGCAGAAAUAUGUUGGUCGAACUUCCUGAAAAUUUUGGCGCAAUGACUCAGUUGAAACAUCUCGACUUGUAUGCUAAUAAGAUUAGCAGAUUGCCUCUGAGCCUGAGCGAAUUAAAGAACUUGAGAUGGCUGGACUUGAAGGAGAAUCCACUGACCGAGGCUGUAGCCAGUGUUGCAGGACCGUGCAGUAACAUGCGCGAGUGCCAAGCAUGUGCUCGUAACAUCGUCACCUAUCUCUCCAACGUCAAGGUCAUCAUAGAGGAGGAGAAAUUGCGUCGACUAAGUGAGACGGGAGAGGUAACAACAAAGAAGGAGAGCAAGAAGAAAAAGAAGAGGAACGCAGAGAAGGAGAGCAAGACGAGUGGAGGUAAGAUUGAGUCCCAAACACAAAAUACGGGCAAUUCUCGGAACAACGAUGAUAACAAUGCAAGAUUGGCAGAAUUGUCGUCCAACGUGUGCGCGCGUAAAUCAGACAAAGCUACAGGCACUGGGCUAUGCCGAUCUCUCACUUGUCUAGUCUUAUGGUUCUUCGUGAUCAGCUCGUUGCUCACUCUGGCACUAAUGAGCCUCUCGUGGCGCUACGAAAAACAGACCGACACUUUCCUGCAAAACGCGCAAUCGCUGUCCGGCCUGCCGCUGAAACACUAUCACAAGCACAUCACGGACUACCUGCAAUACGUAACGAAGAUCACGACUGUGCAGGUUAAAUCGCUGGUGGAUGUUGUGAACGGUUUCUACGAAACGCAGUUUCAAAGUAAUACGAAUGCGGAAAAGGAAAUGUAAAGUCGUUUACCUGCUUUGAUUGGAACGAUGCAUUGAGGGGACUCGCAUUUAAUGUCUUAUAGUAUAAGAACCUAUUUUUAUCACAAAAUAAAUAAAUGAACAAUUAUCUCUG